AUGUCCACUUCCAGGUUGAACCGUAACCACAAACAGGUGCUGGGCUGGAUCAGUGAAGGAGAGGUGAUGUUGUCUUCCUGUAUGGUGAACUCCAGCUCUCUGUCCGAGGCUGAACAGCUACAGAGAGAACAUGAGCGCCUCCAACAGGCUAUAGAGUCUCUGCUUCAUGCUGACUCUCUCCAGAGGACCCACCAGGUGGCGCUGGCACUGCAGCAGCGGGCAGAGCUGCUGGUGAGGGCGGGCCACUACGACCCAGAGGCAGUGAGGGCGUGUGCCCAGACGGUGGCGCUACACUGGCAGACCCUGAUGCUGCGGAUGGAGGACCGCCUCAAACUGGUCAACGCCUCCGCAGCCUUUUACCGGACCUCACAACAGGUAUGUGGUGUGUUGGAGAGCCUGGAACAGGAGUAUCGUAGGACGAAGACUGGUGUGGUGGCGGCGAGAGGCAGGGGAGCAGGGGCCAGCCGGAGCACCUCAUUCCUCAUCAACAAACACAUGGAACAAAGAAGCCUUCCUCAAG